UUCUUGUUGCCUCUGCUAAGCAUCUUUCUUCACUUUUCCUGUGCUUUUGCCUCUUUUCAUCUCUCUCCAUUCUUUCCUUAGUGGAAUAAAACUUCUCCUGUUGUUCUUCUUUCUUUUGCUUCUCUCUUAUGAUCUCCCUUAAGCUUCACCUCUAAUUGGCUUCUUGUUUGCUUUCUCUCUUCCUUUCUAUCUAGCCAUUUGGUCCUUUGAUCAGUAAAGUCUAAUCCCUUUUGUUUUUGGCGCGAUUUUCUUUUUCUUUGCUUUGAUUUUUAUAUUAAUUUUCUGCCUUUGUAAUCUGAAUUCGCUGCAGGAUCAUUUUCUUGGGAAUUUAUAGUGCCAAGAUUCAAUUCUGGGUUAUAUUGAUCAUGCUGUAAAUUUCAUUUUUCUUUCUGGGUUCUCUCUCAAAGACUGGGAAAUUCAGCUUGUUCAGCUUCAAAUCGUUGAAUUAAGUUCCUUCUUUCCAUGCUUCUUGUUUAAUAUUUUAUUUUUUAAGAAUGUUUGAUGUUGUUUUUUGAUCACAGGACCAGUUUCUUCUUGAUCCUCUUUCCCUGUAUUUCUCUUGUGAAAAUUUCUUUCUUCAGCUCUUCACUUCAAAUGGUUUAAAAUUCUUUAGUUUUCUUUGAGUUUCUUGUUCAGUCUUCAGCUCUCUUGAUUUACUAGUGAUUUCUUGAAUUAUAUUUUUCUUGGGUUUCUGUCCCAAUGGGACUCUGCCAUGGAAAACCCAUUGAGAAUCAAAACCACGAAUCCAACAACCAUACACUCUCCAUUGAAACAGAUUCCCAACCAACAAAUUCCCACACCAGCAAAUCUUCUAACCCUUUUUACAGUCCAAGUCCCUUGCCAAGCCUUUUCAAGUACUCACCUGCAAUAUCAAGUGUGAGUUCCACUCCUUUGCGGAUUUUCAAGAGGCCGUUUCCACCUCCUUCUCCUGCAAAGCACAUUCGUGCAUUGCUUGCAAGAAGACAUGGCUCUGUUAAGCCUAAUGAGGCAACUAUCCCUGAGGGUAAUGAGAGUGAGAUCGCUCUGGACAAGAAUUAUGGCUUCUCCAAGCAGUUUGUGAGCCAUUAUGACCUUGGUGAGGAGGUGGGGCGUGGUCAUUUUGGGUAUACUUGCUCUGCCAAGGCCAAGAAAGGCAACAUGAAAGGCCAGGAUGUGGCGGUCAAAGUUAUUCCCAAGUCUAAGAUGACCACUGCAAUUGCUAUUGAGGAUGUAAGACGAGAAGUACAAAUAUUACGAGCGCUAUCUGGACAUAAGAACCUGGUACAGUUCUAUGAUGCCUAUGAAGACGACGAGAAUGUCUAUGUUGUGAUGGAGUUGUGCAAUGGUGGUGAACUAUUGGAUAGGAUUCUUUCAAGGGGUGGAAAAUACUCAGAAGACGACGCAAAGACUGUUAUGGUUCAGAUAUUAAAUGUAGUUGCCUACUGUCAUCUCCAAGGUGUGGUUCACCGUGAUCUGAAGCCAGAGAAUUUUUUGUUCGCUACCAAGGAGGAGAAUUCUCCAUUGAAGGCCAUUGAUUUUGGGCUGUCUGACUAUGUAAAGCCAGAUGAAAGGUUGAAUGACAUUGUAGGAAGUGCAUAUUAUGUAGCUCCUGAAGUUCUACAUCGAUCAUAUGGGACUGAAGCUGACAUGUGGAGUAUUGGUGUAAUUGCUUAUAUUCUUCUAUGUGGCAGCCGGCCCUUUUGGGCACGGACAGAAUCUGGCAUCUUUCGAGCUGUCCUUAAAGCAGAUCCAAUUUUUGAUGAUGCUCCUUGGACUUCUUUAUCCCCUGAAGCAAUAGAUUUUGUGAAGAGGUUGUUGAACAAGGACUAUCGUAAGAGACUGACUGCUGCUCAGGCCCUAAGUCAUCCUUGGUUAGCCAAUCAUCAUGAGAUAAAGAUCCCAUUGGAUAUGAUUGUAUACAAGCUUGUAAAGGUUUAUAUCUGCUCAUCUUCUCUGAGGAAAUCUGCACUGGGGGCUCUGGCGAAGACAUUGACUGUAGCUCAGCUAGCAUACCUUCGGGAACAAUUUACACUGUUGGGGCCAAGCAAAAAUGGAUUCAUAUCUAUGUCAAACUUUAAGUUGGCUGUAAUAAAGAAUUCCACAGAUGCAGUGAAGGAUUCAAGGGUCCUUGAUUAUGUUAGCAUGGUUAGUUCUCUUCAAUACAGAAAAUUGGAUUUUGAAGAAUUCUGUGCUGCUGCCAUUAGUGUUCAUCAACUAGAAGCCAUGGAUUGUUGGGAGCAACAUGCAAGGCGUGCCUAUGAGUUUUUUGAGAAGGAUGGCAAUAGACCUAUUAUGAUAGAGGAACUUGCUUCAGAGCUUGGUCUUGGCCCAUCAGUACCAGUUCAUGUGGUUCUGCAAGACUGGAUAAGACAUGCAGAUGGCAAGCUAAGUUUCUUGGGGUUUGUCAGGCUUCUUCAUGGGGUUUCUUCGCGCACAUUUCAGAAGGCUUAAAAAUACAGAAUAUUUUCAGUCUUUUUUUUUUUCCCACUGAUUUCGCUCUCAUCGACCCGAAACAAUUCAAGGGGAACCAAUGGCAUGCCCAGUUUUACUCAAAACAGGCAAGUGUUCUGUUGAUCAAUAUGAAGAGUGCUGCAAGUUAAAAAUUUAGCAGGUGUGCAUGCCUAUGCUAUGUUAAAUGGAACCAUCUUGACAUGAUUUCAUGUCAAAUAUGUUGUUCCUCCCUGUUCUUACCUAUAUGAAUGGUGCCACUGGAAUUAUAGGAUUGUACAGAUGAGGUAGAUCAAAAUAUGUAUUUAGGUUUAACAAACAGCUUUUAACUGAAGUGGAUUUUUUCUUUCUCUUUUUCA